GAGGGGAGAGAGAGGAAAAGGUAGGGGAGGAAAAAGAAGAUGGUGCUGUGGGUGGAGAGAAAAGGUUAGAGGCAGAAUGAAGGUAAAGAGAGACACUGCAUGGACAAAAUUACAACCAAAUACUGAAUAUGUCAAUAAGAUGAGGCUUACAGAACAGAGACCAGAACUGACAGAGAUCAGAAGUUACUGAGUCCAGAACUGAGACUGCAGCAGAGAGACCAGAACUGACUGACUGAGGAACUAACAGAGACCAAAACUAACUAAGACCACAGCACGAAGACCAGAACUAAAUGGUAUCACAGCCCAGAGAUCAGAACUAACUGAGACCACAGACUCAUGGUUUUAGACCCUCUGCUGGAUUCUGGAACCUGGCUGCAGGGAUUUACUCCCACAUCCAAAGGAGUUGGAUUGAGGGUUGAGGUCGGAGGUCUUUGCAGUCCAGUCAAGUUCUUCUGCACCAAACUGGAAAAACCGUUCGUUUAUGCACCUAACUUUGUGUGCAGAAACUCUGUCAUGAUGGAACAGAAAACUGGGGCUUCCCCAGACUGCUGCUACAAAGUUGGAAGAUCUCUGUAAUCAAAACAGGAAUAUGAAGAAGUUAAAAUUAGCAGCAAUGUUUUAAUUUACAGUAUCACGUAAUUAUUUUAUUAUAAGGAAGUAUAGACUAUGAUCUGAGACAUUUAUUUCUGUUCAAUCAGUUGUGCUGUAUUUAUAGGAAUCAUUGAUUUGCAGAGAGACUUCUAUUUUUUGUACUUCCUCAAUAUUUCUACUUGUAAUAGAGUAUUGAUACUUGUACUUAUGUAAAGAAGAUGAAUACGGCCCCCAACACUGCCAUUUAGUGGACAGAACAGAGAAGAAGAUGGAGAGGAAAAGGGAGGCAGAGAGUGAAGAAAAGGUGGUAAAGAGAGACAUGACAAAAGAGAGAGAGGGGGAGGAAAGAGUGAGAGAUACUGAGAGAGAGCAAGUAGAGAGAGGAAGAGAGAGAGCUCAGAGAGAAGAAGUGAGAAUUAGAGGUAGAACAGAGGGGUCCUGGAAAAAGGAACAAAAUAAAGAAAAUAAAAGAGAAACUCAACGGCCUCGCUGAUGAACAUCCACCAUCUUUAAAGAAACUAAAUCUGGCACAGAGAGAGAAGUAAAUCCGUCACCAUGAUGAAGUUGUGCCGCCUCUGCUUCCUCGUUCUAGUAAUUUCUUCGAUUUCCAGAGGACAAGAAAAAACUACAGGUUCACCAGCACCUUCUCAGGAGAACGGAGACGAAGAUGCCCCUGCCCCCGUGACUACUUCCCCAGCCUUGAAGGCCCCACUUGAAGCUGACAACACUACCCUCCUCACACGGGUCUCCCCAUCCACGCAGAGUCCUACACCAGAGAAUGCAACAGAUGUGCAUGGAAAAGACGACAAGGAAGAAAUAAGGAAGGCAGACGAAGAUGACAAAAACUAUUCGCCUAACAAAACAACAGAAGGCAGCAGCAGCACAAAGGCACCUGCGGCAACCUCGGCUGGCGUGUCAGGGAGCGUGACGAAGGACGCUGGAGUUCGCAGUACUACAGAUUCUGCAGUGAAGACCACCACCAAAAAGCCAGAAACAGAUAGCUCGUCCUGGGGUUAUGUGAUCCUAGCGUUCAUCAUCCUGGUGAUCAUCGUUCUGUGUAUCAUCCUCUACUUUCUCAGAAGAGUCUCCAGGACAUACUCAUUUGACCUCCAGCGUCAGGAUCCCAUCAUCAAUCAAUUCAAUGAACCCACAGGCACCUUCGAACCAGUCUACCUGGAUGAUCUAGAUCGACCAGCCCCUAAAGAUCUAGUGACCACCAAUGACCCUUCACCUCCACCAGCAGCAAAUGGCACAAGUGUACAGUUGGAGGAAAAGGGCUCGAAUGGAGAGAACGCUCCGCAGGAACAGCCAGAUGCAAACGGUCUGGAGACGUCGCCCUCUAGUGACACCAGCCCCACGUUGGACGAUGACACAGCUGACAAGACAUCCAACCCACCGGGCAGUAUAGACCUGAUGUUCGAUGGCUUUAGGGAGCCGCCACAGAACGAAAACAACAACAACCCAUCGGUUUGCUCCAGUGACCCAUUUGUUGAAAUAAACCUGGACGAGCCGCCAUGGUGCGAUCAGCUCCUCAGCUCUCCUGAAGCCACCUCCUCUGUCCUCCCCUUCUCUCCUUUCUCCUUUUCCUCCUCCUCCUCUUCUUAGCACCUUCAAUGAUAACCACAAUAUCAACAUGGAGGCAGAGACCGUGUCUGUUAAACACAAGGAUAUAAACAGAUUGAACUGAAUUAUUUGUCAGUGAACAGCAUAUAAACAACCCACCAACUAUAAAUGCAAAGCUAGCUUGAACCAUUUUGCUGUGGUUUGUUUACAUGUGUUGUCAAUCUCAGUUUUGAAAUAAGCAUCAGUUAAAUAGGAGUCAGCCCAGUUAACCUGCUAGUUAGCUAGCUGUUAGCUAACUAGCUGUUAGCUAGCUAACUAGCAGGUUAACAAACCUGGGUGACUCUGUGGUUUUUGAUACAUCAAAACACAUAUUCCCUGUUAUCAAUAUGGAUGGAUUUGAGGAGAAAAGGCACCAGGGCACAGACAGAAGUUUCUUUUUGGUUGUUUUAUGUUUCUAUCACUUUCAAACAAGAAAUAUUAAUAUGUCAUAUGUCAUACAGAGGCUCAGGCCCUCUGACCCCUUGAGCUCCGGGCCUGUGCCGGUUUGAUAAUCCAUCCAUGGUUUGCGAUAGUCUUUUUUAAAUUAAUGAGGAGAUGUGUAUUGAUGGAGCACUAUUAUCAGUCUGAAUGCAGGCUUAAGCUCUGUUUCUCAAACUAUAAAAAUUCAUUGCUAGCAGGCUAUAAUAAAUAACGAUCAAAUAGGUGUUACAGUUGCUGUAAAUAUGUUUUCUAUAGGUUAUGAAUGCCUCUGUAUAUAGUAGAAGCUGAUAUGCUUCACUGCCGUAUUGUUUUAAUUUGCAAUAUUUUCAUUUACACUUUCGAUACAUUUCAUUGCUAUCAUUUUGCCUUGGAUCAAACUGACCACUAUGUAACUUUAGAAAUAACAACUACUGUACAAAGUU